UUAACGAGUCCGUUUCGUGUCGCCUUUUGGCGGUUUUAACCUAUUUGUUUUCGGUUUCGAACAUUAUUCAUUUCUCUCUCUUCAUUUUCAUUUCGGCACUCACUGUGGCCUGUGGUGAAAACCUAGUUUCUCUUCGCCUUCUCUUCUUUCUGGAUAAUAUUCAAGAGAAUAUGCGAUGGAUCGGGAAGAAUAUUUGCGCAAGUGUUCCAAUAUGAAAUGCCAAAGAGUUCAGCUUGAUGAAUCAUAUGUGCCCUCCCUUCAAGAUGAUGAAAUGGAAGUUGAGCAUUUGCUUGAAGAACCUAGAAAUGAUCAUGUUUCAUUGGAUGGCACUUUAACUUCUCAUACCGCUUUGAAUGACAAAGAUGAUUUGGAACUAGAGGUCCUUGAUGGAUUCCUUGGAGAUGGAUUCCUGGAUGAUGUUGACAUCAAUGAUCUUGAAGGAACUGAUGUUUUCUCCAAUGCAUGUGGAGGGUAUUUCUUGGAUUUUGAUUUGGCAAAGGUUGAGAUACUAGAACAUGGUGCUUAUGAAGACUCGCCUUUGGAAAAUUCAAAUUCAGAAAGUCAUUCUCCAGGAUUUAGUGGCAGUAGCACUGUUGGUGGGAUAUCAGAAUCAACAAAAGCACCCAAUAGUACACAAUCUAAAUCCGAAAUUAAAUCUCUGGAUGAGACAGUCAUCCAUGAUACACAUGGUGUCUUCAGGAACAAUCCAAGUCAACCAUCAAAUGUAGAUUGCAUGUACAACAUUUCACUUGAUAUACAGCAUCUGCAUGAGUUGAAUAAUGGUUAUCCUUUAGCUGGUAGUAUAUUGUCUUGUAAGAAGGAAAAUGUUACUGUUGAACAAUGUCAAUCUGCUCCACCUAGAGAGAAGAGAUUCCGAAAGCCUACUCAGAGGUAUAUUGAAGAAUCUUCAAAUUUGAAGUCAAAAGAAAAAGUAUCAACUACUGGUGUAAAACGUAAACGGCGGACUGUGUCAUUAAGCAAUGAGUUCCAUACAAAAACUAAAGAAUUGAAAGAUAUUCCAAGCGACGAGUCUAGUAGUGGGAAUAGUGAUGUGACACUUUCUGAGUUGCAACGCUGCAAGAAGCAUCCAAAGAAAGAGAAGCUCGAGUAUGACUAUGAGCCUUUUUCAUCGGAAGAGUCUGAGGAUGAACAUUUGACACCAAAAAGAGGCAGAUCAAAAGAUCGAAGAAAGAAUCAAAGGAUGUGGACAGUCUCUGAAGUGACAAAGUUGAUUGACGGCAUAUCUCAAUAUGGAGUUGGUCGAUGGACUGAUAUACAGAAGUUUUUGUUUUCUUCUGAAGGCUACCGAACUCCCACUGAUGUCAGGGACAAGUGGCGUAACCUUUUAAGAGCCUGUACUGCACAGAAAUUCAGCAAUAAAGAGGAUGAGCAAAAUGAUGAGACUGCCCCGCGGAUCUUACCUUUUAGUGUGGCUAGCCGAGUGCUGGAAUUGGCUCAAAUUCACCCAUACCCAAAGCGACGAAACAAAAAGAGAUUCACCAGUGAAAGCUAUGGUCCAUCUAGUAGUCUUGGCAAAAGAAAUUUACGUAGGAAGAAGUGUACUUAGAAGCAAAACUCCAUGUGUAAAACAGUCCAGUGAAUCCAUAGUCAAAAGAAUCUUGUUGAAAUUUUGGUAUCACAUUUGCACAAUUUUCUUCUUUCAUCAAGUAAUUUCUGCUUGUAAAUCUACAGAGGCAUAGAAAUUUCAAAUUGUGAACUUGAGGAAUCAUUGGUUAGCCUGCAGAAGUUUGCAAUCUUUAAUGCCUAACCCCUUCAGUAUUGUGAUUUUCUUGGUGGAAUUAACCUAUUUAUGAUGCUGUACUUA